AUGACACGUAUUCCUCCAAAAUUUAUAUUAGAUUUAGCAUUUCAACCAAAAAAAGUUGCUUCAACAGAACCUUGUUCUAUAUGUAAUAAUACAGUUCAUGGUUCCUAUGGACAUUGGGGUUCAAAGAGUUUAAUAAAAGAAAUUCGUCAAAGAAUUCAGCCUCGAAUUCUUUGUUUUGGAUAUUUUCAUGAUGAUAAUGGUUAUAAAUAUGAUCAACAUGCAAAUAGAACACUCUUUAUUAAUGCAGCAGCCAAUUUAACAAGACAAUGUUUUAAAUUGAAUUUUUAUCUUGAUUUACAAAAACAUUCAAAUAUAUAUCAAUCAUAA